AUGACCUCCGCCAAGACCGACGUCGAGGCGGCUCCGUCCUCCGGCACCGACACCGACACCACCACCCCCGGCGUCACCACCAAGGAAGCCCUCCCACAGCCCGACGAUGAAGACGACGAGUUCCCCGACGGCGGCCUCCGGGCGUGGCUGGUCGUCGCGGGCGGCGCGGCCGUCUUCUUCUGUUGCCUCGGCCUCGGCAACUCGUUCGGCACCUUUGCCGCGUACUACCUGUCGCACCAGCUGCGCGGGCAUUCGCCGGACGCGGUCGCCUGGAUCGGCAGCGUGUCCGCGUUCCUGCCCUUCGUGACGGGCGUGCUCGGUGGGCCGUUGUUCGACCGGUACGGCGCGGCGGUCGUCCGCCCCGGCGCCGCCCUCUACUUCGCCGCCGUCAUGGGCCUCAGCGCGUGCCGCACGUACGCGCAGCUCAUGCUCGUGCAGGGCGUGCUCAUGGGCGCCGCCGUUGCGCUCCUGCAGUUCCCGGCCUUCGCCGCCGUCGCGCACCACUUCAAGCGGCGGCGCGCGGCCGCGCUCGGCCUCAUGGUCGCGGGGUCCUCGCUCGGCGGCGUCGUCAUGCCCGUGUUGCUGUCGCGCAUGCUCAACGAUUCCAACCUCGGCUUCGGGUGGAGCGUGCGCGUCGUUGGCCUCAUCAUCCUGCCGUUCCUGCUCUUCGCCUGCUUCGCCAUCGCCCCGCGACUGCCUCCCCGGCCCCGCCAGUUCGUGAUGUUCGAGAUGUACCGGGACGCCAAGUUUGUGCUGUUCUGCACGUCGUUCCUGUUCAUCCUCGUGGGCAUGUUCACGCCCAUCUUCUACCUGCCGACGUAUGCGCAGCGCCGCGGCAUGCGCCCCGCGCUGGCGGGGUACCUGCCGGCGGUGCUCAACGGCGCGUCGACGCUCGGCCGCGUGAUCCCGGGCGUGCUGGCCGAUCGGUACGGGCCGGUCAACGUCUUCGGCAUCGGCGCGGUGGCGACGGGCGUCGUGGUGUUCUGCUUCAACCUGCCGCAGUCUAACGCCAGCAUCAUCGCGUACGCCGCCGUCUUUGGCUUCGUCUCUGGAACGAUCAUCUCGGGCGCGUCGGCGGCCAUCUCCGUCUUUGCGCGCGAUGCCCGCGACAUCGGCACGUACAUGGGCAUGGGCAUGGCGCUGGCGUCGAUCGGCGUGCUGGUCGGGCCGCCGGUCAACGGCGCGUUCGUCAAGGCGUACGGCGGCUACUUUGAGGUGUCUGUGUUUAGCGGCACCGUGUGCUUGUUUGGCGGCAUCCUUGCGCUGGCAAUCAAGGCCAUGAUGCCGCAGGGGCUAUUCGGGCGGACGUAG